UGUCUCGGCAGGUCCAGAACUUUUCUUUGUGCGAGCUCGUGUGUGCCCGCCGGCCUGGGCUGCUCCCCCAGCCCUGGCUCCAAACGCUGCCAAGGAGUUCCACUCCCCCACGCACACUGCUCCCCUCCCGACCCACGGAGCCACAGAGAGCCAUGGCUGAUGCUGGCUGAUGAGGAGAUCGGAGGGAAGGGGAAACUUUCCCAAGGGCAGAUCGUGCUGCAAAGUCCAGCUGAGGCUGAGUGCUGGGCACGGAGGAUCUGCCUUUGAGCACCGGCACCCUCCAUGCUGGACCAGCGACAGCAGCUCCACUGAUCCAGCCACAGAAUGAGAUCCAGCACCGGUCCCUGGAGAUGGGUGGCCAUGCUCUCACACUUUCGCCUUUGAGGAGCAGCGGGAUGCUGUGGGGUCUCUGUGCUGGUGCAUCCUACCCAAACUCCUCAGCUCAGGUUCUUCCACCUCAUGCUACAGACUGGGCCCUCCUUGUCCUUCCCCAGCUGCCUGAGAAGGGAGUCCUUCUGAGGGGACAGCCCCAUCUUGCCCCACAGUGAGAGUGCGACAGCAGUGGCCUCAAAGAUGGCCAUCAAUGGGAGCGAGAGUGCAGGGUCCUGUCUGGCUGCUGAGUGAGGACGGCGUGGGAUAGGAGUCACAACGGCUGAGUGGGAUCGUGCUGUCCCAGUGCGCUCCCAGUCAGACAGGCCGAGGGCACAGGAUCACUUCAGAGGGCACGAGGCAGGAGGAGCCGCGACCUCUCCCUGUCAGAAGGAGUGACGGGUAAUUUGGGAGACAAAGCACACAAUGACGCUUCCUGGAAAAUGGUCCAGGAGACCCAGGACCUGCUGACUCUGGCUUCACUGGCCUCCGGGCAGACUGGUGAGGAACAAGAGGAUGCCAACACCUAUGCGGCGUGCCCAAGCCUGGAACUGCCCCCACUGUGGUGCACUGGCUGUGGGAGCAAGGAAAUGGAUACCUUCUGCUUCGUUUGCUUCCAGAAAGAGGAGCUACAGCCCUUGCAACUGAACAGUGCAACAAUGAGUGCUGGCUCGAUCGAGCAGGAGCCGUCGCGCAAGCUGGCCUGCUGCAGCGUGCCCCUGAUCACCGAGGACAUGCAAUCGCUGGCCAUCCGCACCCUCUCCGGCACCGACAUCAACAAGCACUAUGACCUCAUCCGUGAGCUCGGCAAGGGCACCUACGGCAAGGUGGACCUGGUGUCCCACAAAAGCACAGGCACUAAAAUGGCAUUGAAGUUCGUGAACAAGAGCAAGACGAAGCUGAAGAACUUCUUGCGGGAGUUCAGCAUCACCAACACGCUCUCCUCCAGCCCCUUCAUCAUCAAGGUCUUUGACGUGGUCUUUGAGACUGAGGAUUGCUACGUCUUCGCUCAGGAGUACGCACCUGGCGGGGACCUCUUUGACAUCAUCCCUCCACAGGUGGGCCUCCCCGAGGACAUGGUGAAGCGCUGUGUGCAGCAGCUGGGCCUGGCCCUGGACUAUAUGCACAGCAAGAACUUGGUGCACCGGGACAUCAAGCCGGAGAACGUGCUGCUCUUUGACCGCGACUGCCGCCGGGUGAAGCUGGCCGAUUUUGGCAUGACCCGCAAGGUGGGCUGCCGAGUGAAGCGCAUCAGUGGCACCAUACCCUACACAGCGCCUGAGGUGUGCCAGGCUGGCCGGGCCGAAGGCUUCGCCGUGGACACCAGCAUUGAUGUGUGGGCCUUUGGGGUGCUCAUCUUCUGCGUCCUGACUGGCAACUUCCCCUGGGAGGCAGCCUCUGCCUCGGACACCUUCUUCGAGGAGUUUGUGCGGUGGCAGAAGGGGCGCCUGGCAGGCCUGCCAUCCCAGUGGCGGCGCUUCACGGACAGCGCCCUGCGCAUGUUCCAGCGUCUCCUGGCCCUGGACCCUGAGAAGCGCUGCCCUGUCAAGGAGGUCUUCUACUUCAUCAAGUAUGACCUGAUGUCAGAGGUGCGCCGCCGGCCCUCCUACCGCUCCCGCAAGCAUGCCGGAGAUAAGCUCUCUGCCGGCCCCCACCGCCAUGAGACGCCCAGCUCCUGCACCCCCACCCCGCUCAAGAGAACCAUCCUGACAGAAGGCAGUGGCCCCCGGCUCUCUGCCUCUGAGCCAGGCCUGCCCUCCCCCGGGGGAGCUAGCCGGACGGAUGGGCGGCAGGACAAAGGCAAAGGGCAGAUGGUCCUGGCCACAGCAAUAGAGAUUUGCGUCUGAUGAGGGCUCAGUGGGAAUGAGGGGACAGCUGGUCCUCGCGACACGGCUCUGCUCCAUACAGCCUGCAACAAUGAUGUCAGCACCCCCGCCUCCCUGCCCCACUGGUGAAUGGGGGUCAAGGGGGGGCGGAGGGGAUUCCUUUUUGUGUGAAAAGGGACCAGGAGCCAUGUCUCCCGAAGCAAAAAAUACUCACACUGCUAGUACUCACUGAUACCGAGGAUGCGACAUACAGCUAAAACCCUGGAGGAAAGGCCAGAGUGCAGACACAAAGCCAGGCAGAAAGGCCCUAGCUUGGUGGCUGGGAAGAACCAUGUGUGGCAUGGCGGCCCCUCCCCCUCACGUCUUCCAUGAUUGGGGUUGGAGGCUGUUUCCCCUGACAGUCUGCACUGUGCCCCUGCUUUGUCAGUGGGGCCUGGGAGGAGUGCUGAGGCUCUUCCCAUUGUUGGGGGUGGGCAGGGACUUUCACAGGGAUGAGAGCGGGAAGCCACAGGGGUGCAGGAAGAAUGAAAUUGGCACACACGGAUGGGUGGCCAUCUUGCGGGCAGCAGGGACUCAGCAGGGAUGUCACAGCCAUCAGGUUUGUCAGGGGAUUGGGGGAUUGGGUGGGGUGGGGCUGCCAGUGAUGGGUGGUUUGGAGUUAAUAAGCAACAAGGCUGCAGCCGGUAUGGGGCUCUAGGGGUCAUCGAGGGCCGUAUCACUGUCAAGGCUUGGUAUGCAAACUGGUGCAUUGUUCGCUGGGGCUCUAGAUCUUGCUAGAGAAUCCCUGUGAGAGAGCGUGGGGCCAGCACCGUCCCAGCAGGCACUGCAGCAGCAUUGCCCUCCAACACUGCCCGCUGUCACUUUUUUGUUGGCUCUUUGUGUCCAUGCUCAGGCCCAGCGACUCUCCUGUGAUUUCCCUGGAGGGAGGGCUGGCGGGGCGGACUCCAGGGGUUUGGGUGGAAGGCUCAUGAGCCCAGUCUGUGGAGGAGGCCUUUGGAGAUAUUGGGGGGGCAGCGUGCACCAGCCUAUUUAAUACCAAGCAGGCUGUGGUUUUGCCCCAUCCCCCACUGCCAUCCUGCUUGGAGGGCUGUCUGUGAUGGGGAGCAGGAGAUAAAGCAGAAGCCAGUAAGCCUGGUUGAGCCACUGGCCUGGCUGUAAAGGGGGUGUCCUCAAAGCCAGUUCUCUGACAGCCUGAGCCUAGCCAUGUCCAGGGCACGUCCCCCAGGGGCAGCCCCAGCUCCUGCGGCUCCCCUCCUUGCUGAGAGAUCCUGAGGACACUCCUCUCUGUGCCAGUGGGGGAAGCAAGCGCUAAAUGUAGCAAAUGUCGAUGUGUUUCAUGUGUCAGUGUGUGUCAAGCCGGCUGGGCCUGGCUGUUGUUAUGAUCACCUUUCCCAGGGAACAGCCUCCCCCGUCCCUGACCCCAAUGGGCCAGCUGGGCACUGGGACCCAUAUGGGGAGCAAGGAGGCAUAGAGCAUGAUGCCUUGUGAGGAGCAGAGACCUAUCCAAUUUGGUCUUAGCUGGAGGAAUGUGGGCAGCAGGAGAGCUGCUGUCAGGCUCCGGAUCCCCUGCUCCGUGGAGUUUCUGGUGGCUGCAGUGGUUAGGCUCUCAUCAGCAUGUAGUGCUGGGCCAUAUGGGGCUGGAGCUUGGAUGGCAGGCAGGGGCCUGGGAAGGGGUGCUCACAGAUACCUCUGAUGGGCUUGGCUUGGCACCUACUUCCUGGCCUGGAUGGCUCUUGCUUGCAUCUGUCCCUGGGGAGGAGGUGCACACCAGUGGAAGGCACAGGGGACAGGUGAGGCCAACCCGAAACAGAGCCAGCUGGUGGGGUUGUCCAAGGCAAGCCAGUAGGCAUUGGCAUGGGGGUUGGCACAGCACCCACCCCUUAGAUGGGAGCGUUGGAGCCAAACCCCCAAGUGGUGGCCAGAAGGCAAAGCUAUUAACUGCCCCCAAAGUCUGGCCAGUUUCCAUGACAAGCUGGAGGCAGCCGGGGGUGCUGCGGAGAAGAGAUGGAAGGUGGUGGCACUGUCAGGGCAGGCGAGAGCCCUGUGUCCAGGGUGCUCUGGAUGACUCACCAUGCACUGCUCUAGGAGCAGUGUGAAGGGCUGAGUGAAACUGCAGGGAGGCAAUAUCCUUGGUAUGCCAGGCGCUGCUGCACCAUGGGCCCCUGGGGAGAUGGGCUGAGCUGCCCUGGCCUCUAGAAUGCAUCCACUUAGACCCAGUCCACACCCAAGCUGCUGGCCAGCUCCCAGCCCUAACCCUCCGUGCCCCACCAGUGCCAUGGUGAGCCCUGUUCAGCCACUGUCACAUCCUGCAGCUAGCUCUCCCCUAGCCAGGGCUCUGCUGGGAGUCCACUCACUGCCAACAGAUGCCCAUGGCAAGGCUGUUUGAUGGAGGCACAGACACCUCUAGGGCAGUAGCUUCAGUGGCUUGGGAACAGGCAGGUGGAAAUGACCUCCCCCCCCCUGACAUGGUCCCCUCUUAAUGUGAGCCUUCCACAGCCACAGGCUGAGUGGGGCAGGCAGCUGGGUUUCCCUGGCAUGCCGGAGCCCGCUAGCACCCCAGCCGCCCCAAAGCUUGUAUAUAGCCCAGUGAUAGCAGCAGGGCUUCAUCUCCCGGCUGUGCUCAGCUGUUCGCUAGCUGUGAGAUCAGCCCCCCCACGUACCUGCAUUACUGGGCUGUGUUGUGACAGCUGCAGGAGGCUGACUGGCAUCUGCUGACUCAGCUGGUCCCAUCUCGGUCACUGGCAGGCAAGGUUUGCAAACCCCGGUGUGGCCAAAGGAUGGUGGGACGUCCCCAGCCCUGAGGUAGCAGCAGGGUGCCACAGGCGGGCCCAUGGCGACUGCACUGCCAGAGAGUACUGGGAGACUGACAUGUGACAAGCAGGGCUGUACCGAGACGGGAGGGCACAGGGAAAGGGGGCAGGGGGUGAGAGCUGGGAGAUAUAUGUGUGUUUGUGCGUGUAAUGGGCAAGGCCGGCUCCAGGCACCAGCGCUGCAAGCAGGUGCUUGGGACAGCCAACGGAAAGGGGCGGCACA